AUGCCGCAGAGCGGGAGGACGUCACUCUCCACUCAAGCGCAGAGGACCUUAAGCCAGCUGAGACACCAAGCCCCUGUAGUGGAGAGAGCGCCAAGCCAGCUGAGAAGCCCUGCCCCUGCAUCUGAGCCUGUCUGUCAGGAUACAACAGAUUUGUUGAGAAGACUUGAUGGCAUACAAUUGGACGAAGAGGCAAUCCUUGUGACCUGUGAUGUUGAAUGCCUAUAUACAUCGAUUAGACAUUGUGAUGGAUUGGAGGCAACCAGAGCAUUCCUUGAGAUGACUGAUUUGGAUGCGGAAUUGGGUCAAUUUCUACGACUGAAACGAAUCUGCUCAUCACCUGCUUUCUUUGAGGAACAAGCUGCUGAUUUGAAAAAUCGCUUCAAGGAAAGAGGACAUAGCAGAAAGGACAUUCAGAGGGGAUAUCAGAGAGCAAAGGAAACACUGAGAACUAACCUAUUGGCUCACACAACCAAGAAGAUUGCUGAUGAUCAGAUCGAUCCAGUGUUAUCAAAAUACCUACCUAAAAAAACAGCGAUUACCUAUCGUCGCUCCAAAAACCUGAGAGACAUUCUAGUCCAUAGCCAUCAUAAGGAAAGAAAGGGAACUAAGAAGACGCAUCCGGGAACACGUCCUAGGCAUUAAGGCUGCAAAAAAUGAAGAUGACAUCAACCAACUUAAGACCAUUCCAAGACAUUUCAAGGAGCAGCAUUCAUGCGACAGCAGUCUCCUAAAGUGUGUUUUUCAGAACCUGGAAGAAGCAACAGCUGGAUUUGGACUUGAUGGCACUUUCUGUAACAUAUAUUUUCAUACAAAUGGCCUUUUACAUAUAUUUUAUAUACAAAAAAAUUGUUAUACUUCACUUUUUACACAUUUUUUAUAUUAUUUUUUACAUUUUUACAUAUUUAUCUUCACAAUAUAGCAAUUUUAUAUAUCAUGCACUUUAUCACAGUGCACUUUAUUAGCAGUCACUUAGUUAGCACUUUAUUACAGUGCACCUUAUCUCUGUUUUUGUCUAAGCAACUAUGCUCUAGGACAUUAUUUCUGUGUACCAUUUCUUAUAUUUUGCCAUCAGGCUGCUUUGUCUGGUGUUCACAUACACACCCUAUUGUUCAUAUAUAUUUAUGCAUUACACUAGGGGUCUUAUAUGGCUAUCCAUUGUUGAUUCACUGCAAGCAUUUUUUGUAUGCAUUAUAACUUAUAUUAAAUUCUUUUUGCAUGCUUCACGUGUGUUCACCAUUUUAUUUUAUCUCAUUUUUUUGUUUUUUCUGCACGAGCACUUCACUCUCUUCUAUUUUGCCCAUUGUGGCAUUUAUUCCUAAGCGACAUAUAAAUUCCUAUAUGGUACAGGUCGUGUCUAUACAUUAUAAUGUUAGUGAGAUUGCUCCAAUCUUGAAUCAGUGCGCCUGCUCAGACCUGGGCCCGCGUCACAGCGGACCUAGUUCGGUCUGCGCAUGCGCCAUACAUCCACCUUACCAUCGGCUUCAUGGACU